AAAAAGGUUUAAUUUUUCACUUUUGUUCUUGUACGGCAGUUUUUGACAUAUGUGCGUCUUUUAAAAAUAAUUAUGGGUUUGGGGCGAUUGAUGAUUACCACUGAAAAUUGAUAGUAUUAAUGUCCACGCAAUCGUUUCUCCAUCAAAUCGUAUUUUCCCAAAAACCGUGAUCAACACUGCGGUUAUAUAUUUCUGAAAAUGGGCAACCAACUGGUGGGUAUAGCGCCAUCGGAAAUAUUUCCAGUCGAACACUAUCUGACCGAUCACUCGCAACUGCAGUUCGAUGCAAGCUUGGGGAGUACUAGGUUUUUUAAAGUAGCCCGUGCCAAGUCUCAAGAAGGAAUGAUUGUUGUCAAAGUGUUUGCGUUGCACGAUCCAAUGUUGCCUUUGGUUAAACAUCGUGUGCACAUUGAAGAGAUUAAGUCCAAACUACAGUCCGCUGUCAAUUGCUUAUGUUUUCAGAAAGUUGUUAUGACCGACAAAGCUGUUUUCUUGAUGCGAGAAUAUGUCAAGUAUAGUUUAUAUGAUCGAAUCAGCACCAGACCUUUCUUGACCAUGAUAGAGAAAAAAUUCAUUGCUUUUCAAAUAUUGUUUGCUCUAAGACAAUGUCAUACAUUAGGCGUAUGCCAUGGUGAUAUCAAGUUAGAAAAUAUCAUGAUUACAUCUUGGAAUUGGGUGUUACUUACAGAUAUCGCCUCCUACAAACCUACAUAUCUGCCUGACGAUAACCCUGCUGAUUAUUCGUUCUUUUUUGAUACUUCUCGUAGAAGGCUAUGUUACAUAGCUCCGGAACGUUUUGUGAAGACAUCUGCUGAGCUUAGCAAUCAGUUAUUACCAUCUGAAGAUCAUGUGAAAAAAGGAGAAUUGACUCCAGCUAUGGACAUUUUUUCCACUGGAUGUGCAUUAGCAGAAAUGUUCACAGAUGGUCGCCCACCUUUUGAUUUAUCACAGUUGUUGGCAUAUAGAAAUGGAGAGUAUGAUCCAAACACUCACGUUGACACUAUUGACGAUGAAGGAAUUAGAGAUCUCAUUAAAUCCAUGAUUAAAUUAAAUCCAGCAGACCGUUGUUCUGCUGAAUUGUAUUUGGAUGAAGAGAAAAAUAAAAUAUUUCCCGAUUAUUUUUAUUCUUUUCUUCAACCAUAUUUACAAAUGUUUUCGGCUACAAAUCCUAUAAUUUCGCCCGACGAAAAAAUCGAUAGAUUGAAAAGUGAUAUUAACGGUAUAAUUAAUAUGUUGCUUCCAUCAAAUGAUUCAGAAGAAUGCACUGAUGGUUUAGUGUUAAUUGUUCAAUUAGUUACUUCUUGUAUUAGGGGUUUGCAUUUAUCUACAACCAAAAUACAAGCUCUGGAUGUUUUACUUGAACUAUCAACGUAUUGUUCAGCAGAAACAGUUUUAGACAGAAUUGUACCAUAUAUUUUUCACAUGAUUCAAGAUGUUUCUCCUGGUGUAAGGAAAUCUGCAUUACAUGGUUUGAAUAAUACACUUUCAACUGUUAAAAAUUUGAAGCCUAGUGAUGCAAACACAUUCCCUGAGUAUAUUUUUCCAGGUUUAAUAAAUGUGGCUCACGAUGAUGCAGUUAUUGUAAGGACAACUUUUGCUCAGAUUAUUUCACAAUUAGCACAAACAGGUCUAAGGUUUUUGAAGUGUUGUCAAAAUGUGCAAGAUGAUGAACCGACCUCAAAUGCUUUUGAGACUGAGCUUGCUACACUACAUGAAAUGGUGCAACAAUCGGUAUCAUCGCUUCUCACUGAUUCGCACAAUAUUGUGAAACAAACUCUAGUGAAUAGUAAUAUAAUUGAGCUAUGCGAGUUUUUUGGCACCCAAAGAGCUAAUGAUGUGAUUUUAUCUCACAUGGUAACAUUCUUGAAUGACAAAACUGAUAAACACUUGCGUGCAUCAUUUUUUGAUAACUUUGUCAAUGUUGCUGCAUUUGUUGAUUUACAGUGUUCUCCUAUAUUAUGUCCAUUAUUGCAACAAGGGUUUACAGACAGUGAAGAGUUUGUAGCAAAAAAAGCACUUAAUGCAAUGACACAGCUGAUUGAGAAACGCUUGCUUCAAAAAACUGCCCUUUACCAAUUAAUUAGGGAUAUUUCUUGUUUUCUCAUACAUCCAAAUUUAUGGAUAAGACAGGCUACUGUGGGUUGUUUUAGUGCUACAGCACGGAUGUUAGAUGACGUAGAUGUUCAGUGCAAAUUAUUGCCUGUAAUGAAGCCUUAUUUGAAGCAUUCAAUUAUAUUAGUAGAUAGAGAAGAAUUAGUAAUGAAUACUUUAAAAGACCCUUUACCACGAAAUAUUUAUGAUACAGUUGUUAAGUGUUCAAUUCUUGAGACAUUAGUGGAUAUAUUGGGUGAACGAAAAAAAGCCAGGACCAUCGCUAACACUGGUCAUAUACCUUUAACAAGUGUUACACAAUCAAUGCAUCAAAAUAGUGCAUUAAGAAAUUUGAUUAGGAAACUGGAAUCUGAAGGGAUGACUGAAAUAGUAGAAGAUCAGUUGUUGGCACUAUCUAAACAUAUAUUGAAAGUCCACAAGCAAUUAGCAUUUGACAACAAAUAUAAUACUAAAGGAAAAAUAAAUAUUGGAGACACAAAACUCAACGUGCAUUGCCAUUCUAUAGCAUUGGCACGAUCGCAAAAUUCAAAACUUCAAGAUCCUAUUCCAUUAGCAAAUAGGCGAAGAGGCAUAGAUGAUCAAUCUGUUUCCAAUAUGAACGAUGAGUGGAAAUGUAUGUUUGGAGGUUCAGAGUUGUCGUCUUCUAAGCAAAUGCAUUCUUCUCGAAAUCCGUCACCUAUCGGUGGUUCUUACUCAUCUGAUGUUCAACCAUCUCCAUCUCAUAGUAUUGAAGGGCCUACUGAUAUGUCAUAUAUACACUACCGUUAUGCACCAUGUAAACUGGAACUGCGUAAAUUGAUAUCCCAUCGCCAAGAGUGUCAUGAAAUGACAAUGCGACGUCAUGAAUGGGCUGAACAAGAAGUAUGGAAACCAAGACUACCCCCUCCUGGUUGGAGACUUCGUUCUCAGUUGGUAGCUCAUCUGCAUGAACAUAAGUCUGGAGUAAACAGGUUGGUGUCAAUUCCAAAUACAUCAAUGUUUGCAAGUUGUUCAUCCGACAGUUAUGUACGUGUAUGGGACUGUAUGAAAAUGGAAGGUAAGAACAUUGCUAAUCGGUCAAAACAAGUGUAUAAUCAUCAAAACGGAGCGCUAUAUGGUAUGACGACAUGUAGAAACAAUCAGUCAUUAGCUACUGUUAGUCAUUCUGGUUCAGUAGUUGUACUAAAUUUAGAGUCAAAUAGUAAUAAGUUGGGUGUGAUGCAGAUGAAACAAUUAGAUUUGCAAGAAGAUGGCUGUGCUGUUGAUAUAUCUUACUUAGAUUCUGGAUCUCAAAUGGUACUCGUAUAUGCGACAGUGUAUGGAUCUGUUAUCGGAUGGGAUAUCCGUGCUCCAAAAGUAGCUUGGAAAGUUAAUAAUGAUAUAAAACAAGGCAUCGUAACAGCUAUGUGUUUGGAUACUAGGCAAAGUUGCUUAACAUUAGGUACAAGUAGCGGCUAUCAUACAUGUUGGGAUUUGCGUUUUAGGUUACCAAUUGCUACCAUUGCUCAUUCCAAAGCUGUACGAGUGAGGAGGUUAAUAAAACAUCCAUCUGAACCAUCAUGGAUUAUAUCAGCCAUGCAAGAUAAUAAUGAAGUAACAGUGUGGAAUUUGGAAAGUGGUUCAAAACAACAAACUCUUUGGGCUAGUAGUGCUCCUCCGCUGUCAAACAGUCAAACUAAUAACCACAGUGUUUGUGCAUUGUACACAAUGAAUACAGAUCAUGGUCCAGAAUUGUUGACCGGUGGUACCGACCAGAGAGUACGGAAAUGGAACUUGAGAUCUCCGAGUGAUUCCUAUAUAGCUAUACCAGCUGCAAGUGAUGUUAUGGGUCAUUCAUUGUAUUGUUAUGAGUGUAGAUUAGUCGAUGGUACAAACGUUGUCCAAGAGGUUUGCACAAAGUCUAGCAGUACAGUAAUGACAGGUGACGAGGAGCCACCUUGUGCCACUGACCAACCGGCACCAGGGCAUGUAGGGUCGAUACUGGAUAUUACAUCAUGUAUGGCGUCUCAGUGUUUUCUAGUCACUGCAUCUUGUGAUGGAAUAAUCAAAGUGUGGAAAUGAAACAACAUUUUAAUUUUAAUUAUUUUCAACCAUUACUGAUUAUUAUGUCUUAUUGUUCCAUAUAUUAUGAUAUAAAAAUAUAAUGUGAU